AUCAUACCCGGAAGAGGGCCUUUAUUUGGGUUUUGUCGGGGCGGGAAAGCGGAAAGUCACUAAGGAAAUCAACAAAUUAAAUGGUGAGACCUGCUGACCAUGCCGUCCAAACAGCAGGAUGUGGCCAAACAUAAUAUCUUUUCAGUUCUCUUCAUGACCGUGGAGGGUGAACCCAUGUCUUUCUAUCUACGACCGGGUCCUGUCAAGCGCAAGCUCCAGCCGCUCAUCACAGCUGGGGGAGGCCUGUUGUGCAAUGUGCAGCAGCCCGGAGCAAUUUUACUGAUUGACCCGGAGGAAAGAGACUCUAUUCCUGAAAGUACUGCUCACUGGUACGUGUCCACCAAGUACAUCCACGACUGUAUUGAGAAGGAAGAACAGCUGAAUUUAGAGGACUACAGGUUAAAUCCUGACGUAGUCCAGAAACAAUCUCCUAGACUCAGCAACAGAAAAGAUGUCUCACCACCUGGACUAGGAGGCAGGGUGGCUUACACCCCUGAAGAAGACGACGCCAUUUUGAGUUAUGUCAGCAAACACAAGACAGAGAUUGGUGGGAACCGGCUUUGGCAACAGAUGGAAAAGCAGCGUGUGACCAGUCACAGUUGGCAGUCAAUGAAAUAUCGUUACAGAGUACGACUGGCUAAGAAACAGUCAGAGAUCGAGGAGGUGGAAACAACAAAGGAAGAGACCAAGGAAGAGGAAGAUCAAGACACAGAAGACGCUGCUCCUCCACAGACACAUUCAGAGACAACAGAUCUAACACAGAUAGAUGCUGAAAGCACGCAACCAGAAAACUCCACAGAAGCUCAAACAUCCAGCUCUCCCCAACCUGAGGAGCCUCACGUGAACCCACAGAUAGAAUCCAUUCCAGCUGAGAGCACAGAACCAAAAACAGAUGCAUCACAAACAACCAUUUCCCCCCAAAAAGAAAAUGUGCCAGAGGACUCCCAACCAGCUCAACCUGAGCCCCUGCCCAGCACUUCCUCUACAAAAAAGCCAAAAGAGAAGGAGAAGGCCUCCCCCCAGCUGGUCCGACCGCAGCGCCGUUCAACACGCAGGCAGCUUGAGCUUGAGGAGACACCUUACAGCAAAAAACUCAGAUCAGCAUCAACUUCCUCUGAACAACCAUUGUCAUCUCCCCAGCCAUCAAAGAAAACUAAAUCAGCAGUUAAGCCUGCUUCUCAAAAAGACAUAACAGCAGACGAGCCGCCUCCUAAGAGAACCAGAGGAAAGAGUGGGGCAACAGCGGCAGAGAGUCAACAGGAGGAGAGUGUACAGGCUACUGUCUCUGAAACAGUGCAAGCAGAUGAAGAAUCUGACUCAGUGCCACAGACAGGAGAGAAGAAAAAACUAAAGAGGAAGUUGGGGAUCCUUGAAUUGGCUACAAAGGAGUUUGAAGAUGAAAGUGAGCCUGAGGAUGAAGCUCCACAUCUCCAAAACCCAGCUGAAACAGCAGCGCUACAACCCAAAUCGACAGAUCCCCUCCUGCCCUCUUCAGACACAGUUGUGGAUGCUGCUUCCUCACAGUCCAACCCUGAGCCUGGACCCAGCCUUCAGGAGUCUGUGCAAGAGGCCCAGGCCUCCAGCAGCAACCGCCUACCAGAGACAAGUUGUCCUCAGCAUGCAGCUGCUGAACCUGCAGCCGCUGAGCCUGCAGCCGCUGAGCCUGCAGCCGCUGAGCCUGCAGCCGCUGAGCCUGCAGCCGCUGAGCCUGCAGCCUCUGAACCUGCAGCCUCUGAACCUGCAGCCUCUGAACCUGCAGCGUCUGAACCUGCAGCCUCUGAGCCUGCAGCUGCCAAGCCUGCAGCUGCCAAGGCUGUCCAGGCCACCUCCAAGGCCCACCUCUUCAUAUUUGACAAUGAAUCUCAGGAAGAAGACUCUCAGUCAGUUCUUAGUCACAGCACAGCAGCCAAGCCACAGCCAACAGUAAACAACGAAGCUGCACUUUCACUGACUCAGGUCCAGUUAGAAGAGGACAAGCAGCGAAUCAGAGAGCUGAUAAGCCAGACGAAGCAGGACUUAGUUUGUGUGACUAAAGCCCUAUUGAGGACCAGUGGAGAUUCCUCUGCGGCGCUGGAUCUGCUUUUGAAUCCUUCCUCUAGUUCGGGACCUUUUUGGAAUCGCUGUGAUGACGAUCUUUUGCUCUCAGCUGAUCCCGCGGCCCACCGGCAGCUGCAGGAGAAAUACGGUGAGGAGGGCGUGGCCAAAAGAAUAGUGUUCCUUGAGGUAGACGGAUGAAGAUGAACGACAGCAUGGUACAGAUAAAAAGAAGAGGAAUAGGAAGAAAUUUGGACAUGAGGAGUAUUCUCAUCUGUUAUAUCAACUCAGUACUAUGAAAUCAGCAAGCUAGUUAGCUGAUAUUCAGUAGUUUUAAUUCCACUUCCGCUGUCAGUGUCUGUAUUGGCGUCCUUGAUGGUUUUGAGUACAUUUUUAGGUAAAUUAAGUAGAGGCUAUUAUUUGAGACAUGCUCUAUACCUUUGUUUGGGUGCAGAAUCUUUUAAUGCAUUUUAGCAUGACUGUAUUAAUGUAUUUGUUUGUCUGUUUUCAUUAAAUUGUAUGAUAAAUCAGUGUCACACCAUUUAAAAUUCUUGACAUACAUUAUGAAAUUAAUUUAUUAUUACAUUUAUUGUGUUUCCCUACUUAUUUUAUAACUGAUUAAUUGGAGUGCUUAAAAGAUUAGAUUCAAUGCAGCCUUGUGGAAAAUCUGUGGAAAGUGAUCGGAGGUCUUCUAGCAGUUGCAGACUUAUUAAAAACUAGACUUAAGUCCACAUUGGUGUUAAACUAAAAAGAAGUUCCUGCCCUGAAUUAAGUAACAUGUGCCUCUGAGUAUUAAAAACAUUUAUGCAACCAAGGUCUUAUGAUGAAAAUAAAAGGGUCUGAUUUA